UGCAUCCAUACUUCCAUGGCUACUUCUUCUCUCUUUUUCUCCAUUCUCCACUGGGUCGACCCGACCCGACCAAUUCUACCACACGUGUGGCAACAUGUUCACGUGCGGCGCCACCAUUUCCGGCGUCGGCUACCCCUUCGUUGGUCGCGAUGACCCUUCGUAUUGUGGCUAUCCCGGAUUCGUCCUAUCAUGUAAUUAUCAGACAAACAUCACCAACAUCGAUAUCCUUGGAAUGAAUUUCCGAGUCCUUGAAAUCGACCCGUCUGCUCAAACUAUGAGGAUUGUCCGCGAGGAUAUUAUGAUCGGUGGGAUCGACACUUGCCCGACGAAAAUGACCAACACGACCCUCGACUACUCGGUCUUCGACUAUGCCGGUCCCUACAUGAACUACACAUUCUUGUACGGAUGCCUGGGCCUCGGUGGUCCCCACAACAUUUCGUGUGGGGACAACAUCGUUGCGCACAUUGUCCCCGGGGAAUACGGCCCCGGUAAGUGCAACGCCAGCGUCGUUGUUCCCGGGCCUGUGAACGGUCCGAGAGAAGGGCUGUUGAACGGAACGGAAUUUGUAGGAAUUCUCCGGCAGGGGUUCCUGAUCAGAUGGAAAAUUGGCGGCGCCGGCCAGGCUUGCACCUCCUGCACGGCGUCGAGGGGCCGGUGCGGUUACGUUAAUCAGACCGUGUGUUUCUGCCCCGAUCCACCGUACACUGCCAACACUUGUCGGAUGGAGUACCGUACUUUGCCGGCUCCGAUGCCGCCGCUGUCGCCGGAGCUCAAUAAUACCAGUGACGUUUCAGCUAGCGAUGGACAUCAUCCCAGUACGGGAAGAAAUAUCGGCCUUUACGUAGCGGGAGCAGUGUUGGGCGUUAUUGCCGUAGGGUGGUCGAUAUUCUCGUGUCUGAAGCAGCAACAGAAACGACGUCGUGUCGCGUAUUCACCCCAAAUUAUUACCAAGGGUGAAAACAUAUCUUCCUUUUCACCUCCAACCAAAGCCUUAACACCAUCAUCCAUCCCUUGGGAUAAUUCCGGCGGCGUCGCAUCGUUGGUCGAUCCACAUCGCGGGACGGAAAUGUCGUCGUGUCGUGGCGUGAAACUUUUCAACUAUGCGCAACUUGAACAAGCCACCGGUAAUUUUGAUCCUUCAAGGGAACUCGGAUAUGGUGCAUUUGGUACCGUAUAUUAUGGGGUGUUAUCCGAUGGUCGGAUGGUUGCGGUCAAACGGUUAUACGAGCAUGGUUUCAAGCGCGUGGAGCAAUUCACGAAUGAAGUCGAGAUAUUAACUAGAUUGAGGCACACAAACCUUGUCACAUUGUACGGAUACACUUCUAGGAAAAGUCGAGAACUCUUGCUUGUUUACGAAUACAUACCUAAUGGAACGGUGGCCGAUCAUUUACACGGGAAGCGUGGCGAGGUAGGCCUACUCUCUUGGCCUAUUCGGCUCAACAUUGCCAUCGAAACAUCCGAUGCCUUGGCAUAUCUCCAUAGAUCAGAUAUCAUCCAUCGUGAUGUAAAAACAACAAAUAUUCUUCUGGACAAAAACUUUCACGUAAAAGUAGCUGAUUUCGGAUUAUCAAGAUUGUUUCCUAACAAUGUCACUCACGUGUCCACGGCCCCGCAAGGAACCCCGGGCUACGUGGACCCCGAGUAUUAUCAAUGCUAUCAAGUCACAGAGAAGAGCGACGUGUACAGUUUUGGAGUCGUAUUGGUUGAGCUUAUAUCAUCACUGCAAGCCGUGGAUACCAAUAGGCAACGCCGGGAUAUAAACCUUUCAAAUAUGGCGGUGUCCAAGAUUUUGAACCGAGAAUUGCACGAGCUAGUUGAUCCCAAUAUUGGAUUUGAGACGAGUGGUGUUCUGAAAAGGACGGUCACAUUAGUCGCAGAAUUGGCCUUUCGGUGCCUACAACAAGACAAGGAUAUGAGGCCGUCGAUGGAAGAAGUGUUGCAAACACUAAAAGCGAUUCAGAAUGAGGAAUUGAACGAGGAAAAGUUGGAGAUCGUUGAUAUGGUUAUGGACGAAGACGAGAGCAUACUAAAAUCGCCGCUAUCACCGGAAUAUAUUGUGUAAACAAAAAUUUGCAUUUUAUGUAAAAUUUUCUGACUUGCAUUACAUUGUUCGUACACAACAUUUAGUUCUUUCUCAAUAAAAAACGAACACACAUUAUAUGAUCGAAUGGUAAUACUUUAUU